AUGGCGUUCCAGAACGGCACCUCAUCGACCUGUCUCGAGCAGCCCAUUGAACUCCAAGACGUUUCAAAUUACAUCUCUAAACCUCAAAAUGCCCAAAUCGCCACUUCGAGUAACACGGGCGGCUUGCGACUUUCAGAUACCAAAGGCGCCCAAGAAAGCGACCCGAUAGAAAAUUUACCGUCCCCAACGACCCAAUCAGCAGCCAAGUUGGAGCAAUGGAACCACCCUCGAUCGAAUUUCUUCAAGACCUCGGCGGCGUUCUGGAGUUUCGUCGUUAUGGGGAGCAAUGAUGCAGCGUAUGGAGCUUUGAUACCUUAUUUGCAAGAGUACUAUAGCCUCACUUUCGUCGUCAUAUCGCUAGUGUUUUUAUCUCCACUUGUCGGCUACACGGCUUCCGCAUUGUUGAACAACACCAUUCAUCUCAAGUUUGGCCAGAGAGGUGUUGCGGUCAUAGCACCGACGUGUCAUCUAAUCGCGUAUGUGGUUAUUGCGGUGCAUCCUCCAUACCCGGUGCUCGUCGUCAUUUUCAUGCUGGCUGGCUUUGGUAAUGGUCUUGCUGAUGCUGCAUGGAAUGCCUGGAUGGGUAACAUGGCGAACCCGAACGAAGUGCUGGGUUUCCUACACGCCUUUUACGGUGUAGGUGCAGUGCUUUCUCCCUUGAUAGCAACAACCAUGAUCACAAAAGGGAGCAGACUGCCCUGGUACACGUUCUACUAUGUCAUGAUUGCCAUGGCAGUCAUCGAAUUAGCGACCUCGACAGCAGCUUUCUGGCACGAGACCGGUGACAAAUUCCGUGCAGCCAACCCAAGAACCAGUGGUACGAAAGACAAUCGGAUGAAGGAGGCACUCCUCCGUCUCCCGCAUGCACGCGUCACAUGGCUCUGUGCACUCUUCUUACUCGGAUACGUGGGUAUUGAAGUUGCGCUUGGUGGCUGGAUAGUCAAAUUCAUGCUCGAAGUGCGUGAUGGUGAGGACUUUGCGAGUGGAAUGGUAGCGACAGGGUUCUGGAUGGGGAUUACUGUAGGAAGGGUUGUGCUGGGCUUUGUGACGCCAAAGAUAGGGGAAAAGUUGGCUAUUACCGUAAGUUCCUUCUUCACACCUAUGUUGUUUCUUCCUCAUAUUAAUCCAAAGCACCAGAUCUACCUACCCAUCACAAUGGCUCUCGAACUUAUCUUCUGGCUCGUCCCUCAAUUCUACGUCUCGGCCGUUGCAGUAAGCUUCCAGGGGUUCUUCCUUGGUCCAUUGUUCCCUGCUGUCGUUGUCGCCGCUACGAAGCUUCUACCACGCCAUCUACAUGUGGGUGCGAUUGGUUUUGCGGCAGCUUUUGGUGGGAGUGGAGCUGCCAUCUUCCCCUUUGCGGUUGGAGCUAUCGCGCAGGCACAUGGUGUACAGGUUCUGCAGCCGAUUAUUCUGGCGCUAUUGGGCGUAAUUUUGGUGUUGUGGCUCGGGUUGCCAAGGAUACAUAAGAAGGAGGAGUAA